AUGAGCGGUAACAGCCCGGUCGAUAAGCCGAAGAGCGGACGUUCCGCGACGUCCUGUCUGGAGUGCCAGCGGCGAAAGCAGAAGUUCGCUCUGAAGAAAGUAUCAACUCCAGAGGACGACUCAUUCCCUGUUCCCCCGAGAUUGUCCAGGAAGAGGAAGGAGGACAGUUUUGAGUCGGACACUUCUGCAUCGGUCAGCGACCCUGACCAUGGCCUCUCUGACGGGCUGGCCAAGUUAGGCUACAUGCCUGGCCACGAUGUCUUCACCCUCACAAAAUCAACAGCAGACGCCUCUCAUGCUCACGUAGACGACGGCCAAGGCGCUCAAUCCGAAGAAAUCGAGGCAGCACUGAAGAUCAUACUUCCAAAACCGUACACAGACAUCCUCGUCCAAAAUUACCUAGAGACAGCCAAUUUCCAGUACUAUCCCGUCUUCCCAGAGCAGCUCCGAGGCCAAAGUGCAAAGUGGUGGGAAGCAAGGGCAGCAGGUCAAAAGCUGAGCCCCGAGCUCACCUGCCUCCUAAUUCGUGUCUGUGCCGUGUCCACUCAGUACCUGGAAGCAUCUCUCCUUCAAAGACUAGAAGCCGAACUUGGUGAGAAGGCACAAGUCAUGACUGAACGCUUCCAUGCUGCGGCCCAGAAGCUCAGUGCCUCGAUUCCCCGAGGCAAGGGCGGUGCCGUACACGUGCAGCAACUGUUCCUCGAAGCGCAAUGGUACAAAUCUGAGGCUUGUAUGGUCGAAUCAUGGCACUCUCUGAGUGCUGCCAUCCGUGAGGCGCAGGAGAUUAAUAUGCAUAGACCUUCCGAGGGCUUGCCAAACUUCGAACGGGAGCUGCGAAAGAGACUAUGGUGCAUCCUCUGGACCUGGGACUGGCAAAUGUCAACUCUGCUUUCUCGACCGCUGAUCAUCGACCAAGACGACCACACGCUAGAAAUACCGGAUGGUCGACUUGAGAACAUGACCGAUCCCACUAUUCCGCACGCUCUAUCAUCCGUCGCCCUACAAGCGGAACUUGGCCUUCACGUUUCCCACUUGUUCCAGAAGCUGGGCACAGCCUAUUCCGUGGAACUCGUCCUAGAAAUCGAAGAAGAACUUGAGAAGUGGAUGGGCACAUUUCCCGCUGCCCUUCGCGACCACCGACCCGACACCCGAUGGGAUCAGAAGCAUCCCAAUAUUCCCUUCAUGCGCUGCCAGCUCAACAUUAUCGCCUACGCAUAUCUGCUCGCGCCUCUAAAGCCCUACCUACUAUCAAAAGCAGACUCAGAGAUCAUGAAUUCGCCGCUGGGAACCAACCUGCGCACGAAGGGCGUCGACACCUGCCUCGACCUGAUGAGGGCCUCGGAACAAUUCUAUGACCUUAUAUUUCCGGAUGGCUUCAAAUACUUCUUCAUCAUCUUCUUCAUGUUCGACGCCGCUACCGUGCUGUGCUCUGCUAUCGUGCACGAUACCGAAUACACCCUCCCCAAGCGGAGUCAACUAAUCCGCGCGCUGCGAACCUCCCAGGAGCUGAUGGACGCCGUCGCUCACCUUUCCGAGUCCGCUAGGCUGUCCGCCAUGCUAUUGCGGAAGCUCUCCUCAACCCUUCCCCUGACCGACGCGGAAAAGCAGGUCCUCGGCGUCGGCUCGUCUGCGCCCUCCUCGGCCAAGAAGAUCAAGACCAGCCCCUCCUCAUCCUCGCCGCCCGAGCGCCUCGCUGCAGUUGCGAGCUUCGGCGAUGACUAUGUGUUCAGCAGCGUCGGCACCACGUCUUCGAGUGUCCCGCCCUCGUCCAUGGGCGCGACGCCGUACGACAUGCCGCAGCUUACUCAACAAGCACAGGCACACGUGCAGUACGACGCCGCUCCAUUCAUGCCCCUGGCGGAUGCCGGCAGAAUGCCAGUGAUGCCGGCUCCGGAGUGGCCAUAUGUAGACUAUACCACCGGCCUGCCCGUCACUCAGCAACAGCAACAGCCCGCGGCCACCGCUGACGCUGCCACAGCGGCCCGGCAGCAGUUCCUCGGGAUGAACCCCGGCGACCCGCUGUCGGGCACGUUCCUCGAGCCGCUCUGGGAUUGGGACCACCUCAACAUGGACCUCAGCCAGUAUGCACACUUUCCCGCUAGUGAGCCUGAGUUCUGA